UACAAAAAAUUUUUAAGAUAAGUUUAUUUUUCAGGAAAUCCUCAUCAGCUAUUCUGCAGAUAUAUUUUCGAAAUAUCGGAUGUUGUGGAUCAACCUGAGCGAAUUAUUGCAAUCUUUGGGAAACGCAUAUGCAAGAACUUAUUCUACUUACUGUAUCUUUAUAUUUGUCAACAUUGUAAUAGCAGUCUAUGGGGCUUUUGCUGAAAUUUUCGAUCACACAAAUUUAUCGCGAGAUUCAUAUAAGGAAUUUGGUUUGAUUGUUGAUGGGUUAUAUUGCUCAAUUCUUCUAUUUAUUUUUUGCGACUGUUCUCAUAAUGCUACUCUCUGUGUGGCUAAGGGCAUUCAAAAUGUGUUGCUUAAAAUUGAUGUUCGACAGAUUAAUAGAAAAGCAAAGAGUGAAAUUGAUUUAUUCAUAUUUGCCAUAGAAAUGAAUCCAGCAAUUGUUAGUUUAAAAGGCUAUGUUAACGUUAAUCGCGAACUUCUAACUUCGCCCAUACCCAAUAAUUACCAAUCUAUCAUAUCUGAUAGUUGUCCGUGGGAAGACGUGGUGUACACAAAUCUAAGCCACAAACGGCCAACAUUUGGCCUUGUGUGUUAUUCAUCGUCAUUACGAGUGUCAAUUUAAUUAAAAAUUUUACUUCACUUGGCAAUAAGAAUUAUGGGGAUUCGACCACUCAAAAAGCUU